GGUUUUUCCGAGCAGCCGUUUCGCCGCUCUAGAUACAUAUAAAUACAUAGUCACCUUUUUGUUUGCGUUCCUUUAUACGGGCCGUGUUUCAAAAUUCACUGCCAGUACUGGAAUUUUAUAAUAUAUGUUAUGUGAACUAUGGAAUUUCAAUACUGGUAGUGAAUUUUGGAACACGGUCACGUUUGAAAACUCGACGUAACGAAUUUAAUGACCGUUGAAAGGUCGUGAGAGAGCGAGUCGCGUGAGCCAACGACAGAUUCACGUUUCACGUGCCUCUUGUUUUGGCGCGCGUUUCAACGCUGCGACUCAGUCGUGAUUAAUAACACGCCAACUGUGUCGAUUUCGAUUUAUUGUCAUCUUGCUAGGCAAGUUAAUCAAUCAUGGAUCAAAAUACAGAGUGUAUGAAAUUGCCUUUGGAGGAGCGCUGUGCACACAAGUCUUGGCGAGCACAUUUGUGUGGAUAUGAGGAAUGUGUGAAGACAUUUCAGUGCAUUGACAAUGAAAAGUCACCAGAGUGGAACAAGUACAUAGGUUUUAAAUUACCAAAGGACUUUAUGAAAAAGUCGAAGCAAAGAAAUGGCAGGUGCGAGAAGAGGCGCUGGAAGCACUCGAAACACUCGUUAAAAAUCCGAAACUGGAAAACGGCGAUUACGGCGAUGUUGUGAGGGCCUUGAAGAAUAUUAUCUCGAAUGACAGUAAUGUAGUGGUAGUUACACUAGCAGGGAAGUGUCUGGCUGUUUUGGCCAAAGGCCUGAAGAAACGAUUUCAGCCGUACGCCACUGCUUGUCUGCCUAUUGUACUGGAAAAAUUCCGCGAGAAAAAGAAGACGGUGGUGCAGGCGUUGCGGGAGCUCGCCGACGCCAUCUACGAGAGCAUCAGCAUUGAUCUCAUCCUCGAGGACACUCUGGCUGCCUUGGAGAAUAAGAAACCACCUGUAAAGGCUGAGACGGCCGCUUACCUAUCCCGAUGUUUUGCGCACACCCCACCGGCCAACCUCAAUAAAAAGCUGCUCAAAUUGUAUACCAGUGCGUUGCUGAAAACGUUAAACGAGUCGGAUCCAACAGUACGUGACAACUCGGCGGAAGCGCUCGGCACGGCGAUGAAAUUGAUCGGCGAAAAGGCAAUGAUGCCGUUCCUUACGGAUGUCGACAAUCUGAAGAUGACGAAGAUUAAGGAGUGCGCCGACAAGGCGGUGAUACUAGUAAAAAUGACGGGCGAUAUGAAGCGACAGGAACGAUCUAACACCGCUCCGGCCGAAAUGGAAUCGCAACAGGCGAAUAAAGCGAGCAAAGACAAUUUGAAGAACGCCAAAUCAAAAAGACCCUAUACCGCGACCGCAAAGAAUUCGGUGGCCAAGAUAUUCGGUGGCGCUUCGUCGCUCAUGUAUCUGGCAUCAUCCACGAAGAAAGCGAUACAGACGGAUACAGAGAAACUAAACAGAAGGAUAAGAGGAUAUAUAUGCAGGCAGAAGGAGAUCAACGAAAUGGCGGCGCAGCUUUUGCCGGUUGAAGUAAUUACUGGUCUAGUGGACAGUAAUUGGAAAACGCGUUUGGCCGCAGUCACACAGCUAUCGGACACCAUUAAGAUGUUGGAUUUAACAGAAGUAUCGGCCCAGGUGUUUGUGCGCACUCUCGCGAAUAAUCCUGGCUUUAGGGACCCGAAUUGCCAAGUAUUGAAAUUGCGCAUAGAAAUCGUCAAAUAUCUGGCGGAGAAUCAUCGCUUUACGGUUAUCGCUGCCGAUUUUUGUCUUCUGGAUAUCAUGAAAAAAUUGACAAACGCAAAGAACUGUUCGAUUGCUACAGAGACCUUGCUAGCAAUCGCCGAGACUACAAGCUUCCAGUAUGUGGCUGAUGAAAUAGUAGAGGAAGUAUUCUAUGAGAAAGAUCCGAAACUGCAGCAGAAGGCACUACUAUGGCUGUGCCGUGGAGUUACAGAGUUUGGUUGUAAUCUCAACAUCAAGUUCAUGAUCGAGAAGAUCAAGAAGAUAAUAACCGCGACAAAUCCUGGCGUGCGCACUGCUGCGGUUAAAUUGCUAGGCACUUUAUAUCUCUAUAUAGGCAGACCGCUGUUGAUGUUCUUCGAAAAAGAGAAGCCCGCGCUGCGACAGCAGAUUAAACAAGAGUGUGAGAGGCGUAACGGCGAAACGCCGCCAAUGCCCACUCGCGGCGCGAAGGCUAGAAAAGUCAAUGCUGUCACUGCCAAAGACGAAGAUGCAGAGGAGUCGUUGUCGGAGAAAAGAGUAAGCGGCAGCGAGCCAGAUCUCGAGCUAAUCUCGCGCGUCGACAUCUAUUCCCAGAUCAUUGAGGCAUUACGAGCCGAAUUGGCCGACAAGAACUGUAAAGUGCGUAACGAGGCGCUGCAGAAAGUGAAUCCUCUCCUUAGUGAAGCCAAUGCUCUCCUUAGUGAAGCAAAUGCUCUCCUUAGUAAAGCGAAUGCUCUCCUUGGUAAUGCGGAGUUUAUCGAACCGACUAUCGGAGAUUUGCCGCAGGGAUUGGCUCUACAUCUUGUGGACAGCAAUAGCAAGAUCGCACAAACAACUUUAGGUAUAUGCGAAAUGUUGGCGACAGCUAUUGGACCGCCAAUAAAAUAGCAUGUUCUGUUCCUCGGGUUUCUGCAAUAUCUGGGUGAUAAUAAAAAUUGGAUUGGAACAGCCGCAAUCUCCUGCAUCAUCACAUGGGCAGAUCAGUGCGGCUGUAAAGUACAAAGUAACUUAUCACCAAGCAACCAAUCAAUCAAUCAACCAAGCUCUUUAAAUCCCCACCAAUCAACAUUUCCUACUUUUUUCCCCCCGAUUACGAUAAUGAUAAAGUAAUCCGCGCUAAUUAAGAUAAUUAUUUUAAAAGACUGAUAUGUGUGAGUGUGCUGCGCGAGCGUGAGCGAGAGCGCGAGAAUGAAUGGACUAUUUUUAUUUUAAUAUAUUGAUAGUAAUGAUGAUGUAAAGUGGCUAGUAAGAUAGCGGAAGAAACAAAAAAAAAAAAUA